AUGUCUGCGACGAAUAAGAAACACCCAACGGGAAAGCGGGAAAGCAGUCGUCCCGUUCCCUUCAAGACAUUUCAAAGGUUGAUUGUGAACUUGCCAGAAAUAGCAGAACAAUUGAAAGCGGCCGAUGGUGGCAGCAAGACGGUUAAUUACUGGACGCGAUGGUAUUACGAGGAGUUCUACCGCAAUCCCAGCAUAAGGGAGCGGUAUGCAUUUAAGGUUGGAGCAUGUCCCCGGCGGACACGCAUGAAUCUGCUCAAAGUGCCGGAGACUCAUUCCCACACAGAAGCAUCCCAAGAAUGCCCGUUGGUAGCCGUACAAUCCCCAUCCCUCGAUACAGUGAAAGUUGAGAGCGAUUCGUCAUUUCAAGAAACGCCAACACGAUGCCAGGAUAUCAUAGUUGAAGUGGACAAGGCUGGAACCUUCCUCUUUCCGGUAUCCUUUAGGACUUUCGAACAUAGCCUCAACAAAAUGGAGGUGUUUAAAAGGAUCGCCAAGAGUGAGGAUUUACUAAAACUUGCGGCCGAUGACGGCUUUCGCAAACAUACCCUUCAAAGGUUCUACAAUCGUUUCUACAUGCAUCCGGAGAAGCGAUCCACUACGAACUUGUUCAAGGAGGUUUCACAGAGCCUUUUGGCCAAGUUGCUGGAGUCUGGAAGACCGUUUGAUAAAGCCAAAAGUACAGCGGAAUAUGCAGCCAAAAAGACGCUGGAAAGCAAUUCCAUCGUCCCCUUUGAGUUGUUCAAGGAGAAUUUGUUGAACUUAUCAGACAUUGUGGAACAGAUGAAGCAAAAGGACAAGAAUUAUGAGAGCAAAGAUUUCCACGAGUGUGCCUUUGACUUCUACCUGGCAUUUUACAUAACACCGGAGAUACGGGAGAAGUACGAGUUCCAGCUGGUGGCCUGUACGACGGUGAUGAAGGCUCGCAUGCUGGCCAAUCUCAGCAAGGAGGUUGCCGAGGAACUGAGGUUAAGUCUGCCACAGCUAGGCAAUCCCUCGCCAGCACUCGAACUUCCCGGGUCUGAAAGUUCUGUGGAGUCUCCCGCUAAAGCUAAGGAUAUGAACGAAAACCUUAUCAGAUCCCCGGAAGCCAAAGAGUCCGCCCAAGAACCAGACUUAGAGGUUCUCGACGGAAUGCCGCAUGUAGCUGCUUCUCCGCCAGGACUUGAACUGCCCGCAUGCAAUACUCCCUCGAAGGAUUCUACAGAAACUGCGACAGUAAAUCAAAUUCCAGAAAAUUUCCUCUUUGAAACUGAUGUUGAAGUGAACGUUAAGAAAAGCGGACGCUUUCUGUUUCCGGUUUCUUUUGAGACAUUUUGGCGCUAUAUCAACUAUAAAGAGAUAAUCCGGAUUAAUCUUAUGAGACAUAUAACUCAAAAUGAAGCUGAACUAGAAAAACUGAUUGCUGAUCCCUCGAAUCCACAAUGCAAAAAAGUCUGCCGCCAGUCCUACAAUAAAUUCUACAUACUAAACGAAAAAUAUCGCAAAACAAUUCCAUAUAAAUUCGAAUGCGCGGAUUCCAAGAUCCUUAACAAGUUACUAGAAAUCGCAAAACCGUUGGAUGAAGCAGCCAUAAAAACGAUGUCUCUCUAUGCCCCAAAAGAUAAAAAAGAAAAGACAAAGAAAAAACCAAAAUCAAAGGAAAAUCCAAAAGCAUGUAAUAUGGACAAACCAGAAGAGGAGUUUCCUCCGUGCCCAAUAUCUUUUGAAGUUUUCAAACGUCAUGUGAGCAAUCUCGAUGAUAUAUGUAAUGAAAUGCAGUUGUGUGAGGAGUUCAGAGGCAAAUCCAAGAAGGAAGUUGCCCAACUCUAUUACCAAGGUUUCUAUUCUGGACAAGAAAUGAGGGACAAGUUCGUUUGUCGAUUCAAGCCAUGUCCCAGCAAGAUGCUUAAAAAAUUGCUGAGCUUUCCACAGAAUAACGGAGGGGUAUGUCCAAAGGAGCCAGAUUGCCAGGUGGUUGGUAUCACUGAAAAACCUUGUGAGGAAAGUCAAAAGGAGUCAAACGGUCAAGCGGGGUUUGCCGUUCAGCCCUCUCAAGUUGUCACUGAGCCAGAGGUUAAGGACAAAGACCCAGUUGAGCUAAGAGAAUCCCAUUAUGAAGAAAGAGCGGCGGAGCCGUCACAUAUUUCGAACGAAAGUAAUGCAAUAAUGACCAUCAGCACGGAGGUUACGAGCAAACUUCCUCAGUUAGCUACUUCUCCGCCAAGACUCGAACUGGCCGCUUUCAAGACUCCCGAAACGUCCUCUGCAGAAACGGCGAGUGCCAAUAAAAUAUCUGAAAGCUUUCCCUUUAAAACUAAUGUUGAAGUGAACGUUGGAAGCCUGGGACGCUUUCUGUUUCCUGUUUCUUGUGACACAUUUCGGCACUAUAUAAACGACGAGUUUAUCCGCACUAAUCUCAUGAGAAAUAUCACUAAAAAUGAAGCUAAACUAGCAGAAUUGAUGGCUGAUCCUUCGAAUCCACAGUGCAAGAAAGUCUUCCUACGGUCGUACAAAAAUUUCUACAUACAAAACGAAAAAUAUCGCAAAACAAUUCCGUAUAAAUUUGACUGUACGGAUCCAAAAAUUCUCAACAAGUUACUAGAAAUCGCAAAACCGUUGGAUGAAGCUGCCAUAAAAACGAUGUCUCUCUAUACCGUAAAAGAUGAAAAAGAAAACACAAAUGCACCCAAACUCCAGGUGGUGGAUUCUCCUGAAAAGCCGGGACAGGAAAGUUUUUCAAACCCAGUAUCUUUGGAAGUAUUCAAACGUCAUGUUAGCAAUCUCGAUGUUAUAUGUUAUAAAAUGCUGUUGUGUGAUGAAUUCAGGGGAAAAUCCAGGGAGGAUGUAAUCCAGCACUAUUAUCAGGGUUUCUAUUCUGGACAAAAUAUGCGGGACAGAUUCGUUGUCCGAUUCAAGUCAUGUCCCAGCAGUAUGCUACAAAAAUUGAUGAGCUUUCCACCGAAUAACAGAGAGGUAUGUCCAAAGGAACCAGAUUGCCAGGUCGUUUGUAUCACAGAGAAAUCCUGUGACGAAAGUCAAAAGGAGCCUGAGGCUAAAGAACAAGACCCAGUUGAGCCAAUAGAAUCCCAUUUAGAACAAAGAGUUGCUGAACCGUCACACACUUCGAACGAAUGUAAUCCAGUAAUGACCAUCAGCAAGGAGGUUAAUGACGAGCCUCCUCAUUUAGCUACUUCUCCGGCAGGAAUAGAAAUCGCGUUCAAGUCUCCCGAGACGUCCUCUGCAGAAACUGAGAAACUGAACCAAAUUGCAGAAAGUUUUCCCUUUAAAACUGAUGUUGAAGUAAUCGUUGGAAGCCUGGGACGCUUUAUGUUUCCUGUUUCUUGUGACACAUUUCGGCGCUAUAUAAACAAUGAGUUUAUCCGCACUAAUCUUAUGAUAAAUAUCACUAAAAAUGAAGCUAAACUAACAGAGUUAAUGGCUGAUCCGUCGAAUCCUAUAUGCAAAAAAGUUUUCCUCCGGUCCUACAAAAAUUUCUACAUACAACACGAAAAAUUUCGCAAAACAAUUCCGUAUAAAUUUGACUGCACGGAUCCCAAGAUAUUGAUGAAGUUACUGGAAGUUGCAAAACCGUUGGAUGAAACCGCUAUAAAAACGAUGUCUCUCCAUGUCUCAGAGAAACCCUGCAUGGAAAAUCCGGAGUCCAAUUGCCAAGCGGAAUUUGCUAUUUCCAAGGAUGUGAAAAAGAUAUCCACAUGCCUGGCUGAGGAGAGUAAUUUCAGCAGGAUAACACCCGAAAAGCCGAUAGCUGCACCAAACCAACGGCAGUUAGAGCCUGAGGCCAGGCCAAAAUGCCCAUCAGCCACCUCUGAAGUUGUCACUGAGCCCGAGGUCGAAGUCCAAGGCCCAUAUCACAUUUCGGAGGAAUGUAAUACAGCCAGGAUUUUAGAAAGAGCACGCAAGCGAGCAAUCGAUGUGGUCAAAUUCGAGGUCCGUCGUCUUUUUGCCAACAAUUCCCCGGAAAUGCAAGAAACUCUGAAAAAGCAAUUUAAGAUCUACUGCUUGGCUCAAGAGGGAAGUUUACAAUCAGAUACCAAUAGCACAAAUGUUGAUCCUGCGGCCAUUUUGACAAAAGGAAAUGAGCCCGUGAUAACUUCGAAUCCCAUGGAGAUCGAUGAAGUCAGCAAAGAUCCAGAAAGAGCUGCCUUUAACGAGAAUGAGUUGCAGAAAAGUUCAAACCUACCAGAAGUCGGAAAAACCAUUUCGGAUAGCGCUGAAACUAUUGCGAGUGAAGGGCAGACGAAUAAAGAAGAAACCCAAGCUGAAUUGUCCAACAUUCCAGAAAGCUCAAAAGGGUCAUCAGAAAAUAUAUCUACAGAUAAGGACGAAUUAACAAGAACAGAUGGAGAUCUCGAAGCGGCAUCCAAUUCACCUCAGAGCACAGAAAGUCAAAUCCUUCUCGAGCAAGCGAAGAAUAUAUUUUUCGCCGAAAAUAACCAGGAUCACAAUAUGAAGUACUUGAUCAGCACAAGCCAAGGACUCAUGAGAACCAUUUGGCGCAUACUCUAUCAGCUAACUCUUCAGGAAUUCUGCCACUACACGAGUAUCCACGACGGGGAGGCCUUGUACAAGUGCGAUGAACAUUUGCAGCUUUGCUUUCAGCACGUCGUGGUUCUUGGCAAUUGGCCAAUUAAUUUACACGUACGUUUGGGAUUUUUAAAGCAACUCCUCCUCUGUAAAGGAGUGCGGUUGGAUAAGAUUGAACUGUCCCAAUUAUCGCCGAAAAUACUGAGCCCUUGGGAAUUGGGUUCCUACUCGGAUUUCGAUAAAAUCGUUGAACAACAUUACACCCAUCACACAGGCAAGAAAAUUGAUGAUGUAGUGCAGUUGUGCCAGGAAAGGGAGAAGCUGUAUGCCGCCUGCUGGACACAUAAUCAGUGGAUACUCCAAGUACCUGAGAUCUCAGAUGAGGUACUCAAUGAAGAAAUCGAAGAAGCGGAGUCAGUCAUUGAUGGGAUUUCUUUAAGGCCAAUUUGUGUUGUAAAAAGCAGAGAUGUAAAUACCCCAACCGAGGUAGUCUCAAUUGCCUCAAGUCCAAAUACAAUAUGUGAGGAAACCAGUUGUCCGCCUACUCAGCUCAUCGAUUCAAGUUUCGUAGACGUGUCGUGUGUGGAACCAGCUUCCCAAGUGCCACAAAUGACAUUCGACCCACUAAUACCCGAGGAAACAUCACAAAUGGAAGAAGCUCCUAUUGAGUAUCCGCCAACGACGACCGUAUUGGUGACCGUCAAGCAGGAACCUAUCAAGCUUCCUAACAACCAACGUGCCACCAUUUGUAACUCGGAGGAUUGCCAAUGGGAAGAAAUUACGACCCAGGAGCAAAUAAUAGACUUGGAUGCCAGCCAAAGUGAAGAAGCGAGUUUGUCCUGCUUUGCUAUCUCAAAACCGACUGAAAAGGCAGCAGAAGAGACACUAAAUUUGCUGGAGAAUAGUAAUAUUCCGAUAGACGCUUACGAUAUCCCGGAAAUAUUGGAAGUCCCAGUGCCUGUGGAAGUGGCGCCCAGGACAGUUGCGUCUACGUCAGCGCCUCAGGUUCCUAGAAAGCGGCAAGCAGCCACCCGAGAAUCGACCAGCAAGAAAAUUAGACUGAAUAACGAAAGGGUGCCGCAGCUGCGACAUGAGUUCCCGCCAUUACCAAUGGGAGUGAUGGUGCGAAUCGAGUCUGGAGGGAAUAGAGCUCCUGAGUGUCAGCCAGCAAAACCUCCCAGUCCUCCAAGUAAUUCUACGGCUCAGCCUACAGAGGUCAACAUCACUCCCUCGCAGGAUUUCGCCACUGGCAACACACUCCUGGAAUGCUCCCAGCUGCAGCACUUGCUGGAUUCAACGAACGUCAACACUCGCCAGAGACUGCCACGAUCUUAGGUUUAUGGUCAAAUUAUUUAAAGUUGAAUAAUUCUAG